AUGCCGUGGUUCAUUGUGUUCCUGCUUCUGUUGCCUAAAAGGGAAUGCAAAACGUGUCCUGCAAAUGAUCCUUUCCCUAUUCCACAUGAGUGGUAUCAGCCAGGUGGCAUCCUCAUAGGUGAAAUUGCUUCCCAUAUCAUUUACAUGUCCGAGGAACUUUUCUUCCAGGAGCACCCUUCUCAGAAGCUAAUUGAUGUUUCAGACUUGGUGAUCAAGUUUUAUCAGCAUGUUCUGGCCUUGGCAUACACCAUCAGUGAGAUCAACAAGAACCCCAACAUCUUGACCAAUGUCACACUUGGAUUCCACAUCCUCGACAGCUACUCCAAUCCAAGGAUGACCUAUCGUGCCACUCUGGACCUGCUCUUCAAAUCGCACACAUUUGUCGCCAACUACAAAUGGGACACCCAGAAAAACCUCAUAGCUGUCAUUGGAGGCUGUGAUGCAGAAACCUCUUCUCUGAUAGCAGAAAUUCUAGGUCUCUAUAAGAUUCCACAGCUCACUUACGGUUCAUUUGCCCUAGAGGACAGACAGACGACACAGUUUCGAUCAUUUUACCACAUGGUCCCAAAUGAAUCCCAUCAGUACAAUGGGAUUGUCCACUUGCUUCAACAUUUCGGAUGGACAUGGGUAGGCCUAUUUGCUGCAGAUGAUGAUAGUGGAGAACAAUUCUUACAGACCCUGGAAGUAUUCUUUUCCCAGCAUGAAAUCUGUUCAGCAUUCACACUAAGACUCCCAGCACAUAACAACUGGAAUGACUGGGAUGAAGUUGUUGCUAUAUUCUCAAGUAUCCAUGCAUCUUUCUUAGGUUAUGGAACCAAUACAUGCAUCAUCAAUGGACAGUAUUUGACAAUGGCAUGGCUGAGAGCUUUUAUUGCCGUGCAAGAUCCUGGAAAUACAGAGAUGUCAACAUUUAGAAAAGUGUGGAUAAUGACAACCCAGACUGAUUUCAUAACAACGAGCUUUCAGCGAGCCUUGGGUUUUCAGCUCUUCCAAGGUGCCAUUUCCUUCAGCAUUCACACAAAAGAGCUUCCAGAGUUUGGGGAAUUUCUUCAGAACAUAAAACCUGGCUGGAACAAAGGAGAUGGUUUCCUCAAAGAUUUCUGGGAGCAAGCAUUUGACUGUUCAUUUCCAGAUCUGAAUGUGGCAGUGAAGGCUGAUGGGGCAUGUAGCAGAGAGGAAAGGCUAAAUAGUCUUCCUAGGCAUCUGUUUGAAAUGGACAUGACUGGCAACAGCUAUAAUAUCUAUAAUGCUGUCUAUGCUGUUGCUCAUGCUUUGCAUGCCAUUUACUCAACAAGAUCUGAGCACAGAGUAAUGGCGGGUAGCAGAAGAUUUGCCCUUCAAGAUAUCCAGCCUUGGCAGCUCCACCUAUUUCUUCAAAGUACAUCAUUCAACAAUUCGGCUGGAGAAACUGUUUCCUUUAAUGGGAACAAAGGAGUGAGAGGUGGAUUUGACAUAAUGAAUAUGAUCACAUUCCCAAACACGUCCUUCCAGAGAGUUAAAGUUGGAAAAGUGGAGGAUUCCAAUGCUCUUGGAGAAAAUGGAUUCUUUCUCAAUGAAGAUAUAAUUGUGUGGCACACAGGCUUUAACCAGGUGGGGGUGCGGCCUGUUUCUUUGUGCAAUGAGCACUGCCACCCCGGCCAUCAGAGGAAAAGGAAGGAAGGUGGGAAAUUUUGUUGCUAUCAAUGUGUUCCAUGCCCCAAAGGGAAGAUUUCGGAACAGAAUGAUAUGGAUGACUGCUUCAAAUGCCCAGAAGAUCAGUAUCCAAACAAUGACAGAGAUGGCUGCAUCCCCAAAUCUAGAAACUUCCUAUCUUAUGAAGAACCCUUGGGGAUCAGUUUUGUCUCAGUUGCCAUAGCUUUUUCCCUAACCACCACUUGGGUGCUAGGAACUUUUAUCAAGCACAAAGAUACCCCCAUAGUCAAAGCCAACAACCGAGGCCUCACCUACACUCUCCUCAUCUCCCUCCUACUCUGCUUCCUCUCUUCUUUGCUAUUCCUUGGACAACCUGGGAAGGUAACCUGCCUUCUCCGUCAACCUACAUUUGGCAUUAAUUUCUCUAUGGCAAUUUCUUGUGUUUUGGCCAAAACCAUCACUGUAGUUCUUGCUUUUGUAGCCACAAAGCCUGGAUCUAGAUUGAUGAAGUGCUUAGGCAAACCACUGGCCCAAUGGGUUGUCCUUUCGUGCUUGCUUAUUCAAGCAAGUAUUUGUCUUGUGUGGUUGGAAACCUCUCCCCCAUUCCCUGAUUUAGACAUGCUGUCAGUACCUGGAGAAAUCAUUGUACAAUGUAAUGAAGGGUCAGUUGCCAUGUUUUAUUGUGUGCUGGGCUAUAUGGGCUUCUUGGCCAUUGUCAGCUUCAUUGUGGCAUUCACAGCCCGCAAGUUACCAGAUAGUUUUAAUGAAGCCAAAUUCAUCACCUUCAGCAUGCUGGUAUUUUGCAGUGUGUGGGUGUCCUUCAUGCCAAGCUACCUGAGCACAAAAGGAAAAAAUAUGGUUGCUGUGGAGAUCUUCUCCAUCUUGGCCUCCAGUGCUGGGUUACUUGGUUGCAUCUUUUCUCCUAAAUGCUACAUCAUUGUACUCAGGCCUGAACUGAACAACAAAGAACAACUAAUACGGAGAAAUAAUUAA